GUGCAACAGUCGUGUUAUUUAUUUUCCUCAGUAACAGUUCGUUCGAAGUUCAACGUGCGCUGUGCUCCCAUUUAUUAUGUCAAACUGCAACAGGGACAUUCGUAUGUCGGUUGCUGUAAUUACUGAAAAAACGAAAUUGGUAGUUAAGCUGAAUGGCGUAGACGUUUCUGUCCAGGCGAUUUUUUAUUGUGAAUUAAAUAGUUGGGUGGAUGUUGGACAUUUCUCAAUCGAACGCUUACUGUUUAUUGAACCUGUCUUUAUGGCACUUUUCAGGUAGACUAUACGUCAUUCUUAUAGAACACGACUUUUGUUGCGUGUUCACGUAUGUUCAGGUGCUUUUCGAGCCCUCCAAUCCUUCUCACGAGCGUUGCUCGUGACCUAUGGAAAAAUCACCUUAACUUUGGAUUUUUGUAAUAGAAGUAAUUUUGUUGUAUGUAUGUGUGAGUGUGACUGCUGAUCGUGUAUUAGCCUGGCCUUGCACUAAACAGUGUUGUGCUACUGUUCCCAGUCACCAUCUGUUAUGGCCUCACGCAUUACUUCUGGCUCAUGACUAACUGCACAAAUCAUUUCAACAAAGGAUUAACAAUUUAAUGGUGAUAUUAUUGACCAAGUUCAUAUUUGACCUGAUUAAUUAUCUGACUUUCUCUCCUCCCUGGAUCUGGUUGGUGUGCCUCAAUCAUGGCUCGGAUGGCCUUUUCAAUCUGCGAUGCCUUCCUGUGUGGACAUUUGUGGCUACCAUGACGACAGAGGCGAGUGCGGUGAGCGAGGCAGACACUGAGGGCAAGCAGAAGGCCAGCCCAGAGCCGGAGCCGGAGAACAACCAGAAGCCUGAGGCUGCAGCAGCAGCAGCAGAGGCUGGGGCUGAGGGAGAGGAGCCCAGCGACAAGGCCCAGGAGAAGGCCUCGGGGCCCGGCCCGGCUGACGGCGCCAGCUCCCCCACCGAGGAAGAGCAGCUGAAGCCCCGCACCAGAACCUCCGCGGGGCGGGGCCUCUCGCGGCUCUUCUCCUCCUUCCUCAAGCGCCGUUCCCAGUGUUCCGAGGGAGAGGGGUUCGAGGCAGAGAAGGCCAGCGAGGAGAAGGCCGACAAGGAGAAAGCGGAGGAGAAGGCUGACAAGGGAAAGGUAGAAGAGGUCAAGGUCGAGGAGGAAGAGGGCAAGGAGGCCAAGGAGGGCAAGAAGGACGGAAAGGAGGAGAAGAAAGAAGAGAAGAAAGUGAAGAAGAGUGAAAAGGCUGAGAAAAAAGACGAGAAAACAAGUCAAAGUGAAAAGGAGGACAAGGGAGACAAGAAAAAAGAGAAGACUAAAGUAGAGGUAAAAGAGGAGAAGACAGAAGAGGCCAAGAAAACAGACGUGGAAAAGGGGGAGAGCAGUAAAGAGAAGAAGCCAGAGGAGGACAAAGAACAGAAAGAGUGUAAAAAGAAAGAGGACACGAAAAGGAAAAAGGAAGAGGAAAAGGCCAAGAGGAAAGCAGAGGAAAAAGCUAAAGAAGAGGAAAAGGCUAAAAAGAAAGAGGAAGAAAAAGCUAAAGACGAGGAAAAGGCUAAAAAGAAAGAGGAAGAAAAGGCUAAGAAAGAGGAGGAGGAGAAAAAGAAAGAGGCCGAGAAAGCGAAAAAGAAAGAGGAGGAGGAGAAAAAGAAAGAGGCCGAGAAAGCUAAAAGGAAAGAGGAGGAGAGGCUGAGGGACGAGGAAAAGGCAAAGAGGAAAGCAGAGGAAAAGGCUAGAGAGGAGGAGAAGGCCAAGAAGAAAGAAGAGGAAAAGGCCAAAAAGAAGGAGGAGGAGAAAAAGAAAGAGGAAGACAAAUUGAAAAAGAGAGAGGAGGAGAAGGCCAAGGUCGAGGAGAAAGCCACGAAGAAAGCGGAGGAAGAAAGGGCCAAAAAGGAGGAGGACGAGAAGGCGAAACAGAAAGAGGAGGAAGAGAAGGCCAAGAAGGAGGAAGAAGAAAAAGCGAAAAAGCAAGAGGAGAAAGAAAAGGCCAAGAAGGAGGAGGAAAAAAAGAAAGAAGAAGAAGAAGAAGCAGCCGCAAAAAAGAAAGAGGAGGAGAAAGCCAAAAAGUUGGCAGAGGAAAAGGCUAAAGAGGACGAGGAGAAGGCCAAAAAGGAAGAGGAAGAAAAAGAAAAGAAGCAGAAGGAGGAAAAGGAAAAGGCAAAACAAGGAAAGGACCAAAAGGGCGAGAAGAAAGAGGCGAAGGGGAAGAAGAAAAAGCGAAAAUCCAAGGGAAGGAGGGAGGAGAAGCCCGAGGUGUCCACGCAAGAGCCCGUGAAGGCUCCCAUCGCUGCCCCCGAGCCGGAGCUGAAAGCAGAGGCAGAGAAGGACCCAGACCAGAUCUCCCUCAGCAGCACGGAGAUUCAGCCGGUCCAGGAGGAGGCCACGGAGGAGGCUGUCCAAGAGGCAGCGCCGGUGGAGAAGAAGAAAGAGGAGGAGGACGCCGUGAAAGGAGUGGAAGAGCCAGAGAAGGCGGAGCAGAAAGAGGAGGAGGAGGAGGACGAGGAGGCCAAGGAGUCGUCGGAGUCGUCUCAAGAGGGGGGAGAGGACGAGGAGGAGGAGCAGGAGAAGAAGCCUAAAGACAAGAAGAAGACUGCAGUGGAGUCCAAACCCUCCAAGCGCCCACGGACCAUGCAGUGCAAAGUCACCCUCCUGGACGACAAUGUGUUUGAGUGCGAGCUCGAUAAACACGCCAAGGGCCAGGAGCUCUUUGCCAAGGUGUGCGACCACCUCAACCUGCUGGAGAAGGACUACUAUGGGGUGGCUGUCUGGGAGACGCCCACCGUCAGGACAUGGCUGGAUCCCAACAAAGAGAUUCGGAAACAGGUUCCAGGUGCCACCUAUGACUUCACCUUCAACGUCAAGUUCUACCCUCCCGAUCCGGCUCAGCUCUCAGAGGACCUCACGCGGUACUACCUGUGCCUGCAGCUGCGGAAGGACAUCAUGAACGGCAGCCUGCCCUGCUCCUUCGUCACGCUGGCCCUGCUGGGCUCCUACACGGCCCAGUCGGAGCUGGGCGAGUACGACCCGGAGGUCCACGGAGAACACUACGUCAAGGAGCUGCGCCUGGCCCCGGGCCAGAGCAAGGAGCUGGAGGAGAAGGUGAUGGAGCUGCACCGCACCUACAGGUCAAUGAGUCCAGCCCAGGCAGACAUGAUGUUUCUGGAGAACGCUAAGAAGCUCUCCAUGUACGGUGUGGACCUCCAUCAAGCUAAGGACCUGGAGGGUGUAGAUAUCAUGCUGGGGGUGUGCUCCGGUGGGCUAAUGGUCUACAAGGACAAGCUGAGGAUCAAUCGCUUCCCCUGGCCCAAAGUCCUCAAGAUCUCCUACAAGCGCAGUAGCUUCUUCAUCAAGAUCCGACCGUCAGAGCAGGAGCAGUACGAGAGCACCAUUGGCUUCAAGCUGCCCAACUACAAAGCCUCCAAGAAGCUGUGGAAGGUGUCUGUGGAGAACCACACCUUCUUCAGGGUGUCCACGGUGGAGCCGCCGUCGUCCCGCCGCUUCCUGGGGCUGGGCUCCAAGUUCCGUUACAGCGGGCGCACCCAGGCCCAGACCCGCCACGCCAGCUCCAUGAUCGACCGCCCCGCCCCGCGCUUCACGCGCUCCGCCAGCAAGAGGCUGUCCCGCACCAUCGACGGAGCCGUUGAGGACGAUUCUUCCCAAAGCCUGCAGCUCUCAACCCCAAACAGGACUGAGCUGGAUGAUUGGUUCCUAUUGCUGGAAUCAGAGCGACCACGGCCCAGCCCAUCCUCAGCUCGGGAGCAGUCUGUCCAAACAGUCACCCAGACGUGGGAGGGAACUGAGAAAGGACAGGCUGUCACUCAAACUAUCAGCCAAUCAGGGGAGGGACGGGCGUCUGAUGCGCUGCAGCAGGGGAGAGUGGAGGAGGAGGAAGGUGAGGAGGAGGAAGAGGAGUGGUAUUUACUGCUACGUCGACGGCCCUCUCUUCCCUUUAUUCCUGACCCUACGACAUCUCUUCGGUAUCGCUACCCUACGACAGGUGUUUCUGUGACGUCUCCAGCCAAACCCAGCUCCGCAAAGCUUGACAAACUUGACAGGUUGUUACAACCACGACUCAAUCAACGUGAUGAUUGGUUCCGGGAGCUUGACCGCACCGAUGACGCGUCUUCCUACGAGCGUUCAUACACUCCACCAUUCUCCCCCCCUGCGCCACUCCAGCCCCAGGGCAGUGAGGAGCAGGGGGCCAGAGAGGCGAGGCAGGAGGAGGAGGAGGAGCCUCGGUCCAGGGAGGAGGUGAUGGAGAGGCUGCGGAAGGGAGUGGUGCUGGUGGAUAAGCUGAGGGAGGCGGAGGAGAGGCUGAGGGAGGCGGAGGAUGUGGAGGAGAGGCUGAGGGAGGCGGAGGAUGUGGAGGAGAGGCUGAGGGAGGCGGAGGAUGUGGAGGAGAGGCUGAGGGAGGCGGAGGAGGUGGAGGAGAGGCUGAGGGAGGUGGUGGAGCUGGAAGCUCGGCUUCAGGAGGUCGACCAGUUAGAGGGGAGGAUCCAGGAAGUGUUGGAGGUGGAAUUUAGGCCACAGGAGGGGCACGAGGAGAAGGAAGGCGUGGUGUCGGAGGAAGAGGGAAAGGCUGAGGUGGUCGAGGAAGAAGAAGGGAGGUUAGAGAUCAAGGAGCAGCAUGAGGGGAGGGCCGCGGAAGAAGCGAUAGAGCCGAUAGAUUUGGGAGAGGAGGAUGCGGAGGAAGAUGCAGUAGCUGCGAUCAGGCCACGGGAGGAGAAAGAGAUGGAGGGAGAGUUACUGGAAGAGGGGGUGGUAGAGAUUAGAGACCAGGAAGUAGUAGUAGAACCGAUGGAUAUAGGGGAGGAGGGGGAGAAAGAGGGAGGAGAAGUUCUCAAAGAGCCGGAAGACACCAGGCAGCAGAAAGAGGCAGACAAAGAGGUAGAAAAGAUGGACUUGGGGGAGGAUGAGGAGGAGGUGGAGUCCUUAAAGGACAUUGUUGAGACUGAGGACGAGCUGGAGGAGCAGAUAAAGGAGGUGUUCCUGAAGGGCUUGAUGCCAGACGGAGCGCAGGACGAGGAACGCCAGACGCCGCAGGGCGAGGGGCGGCAGGGCGAGGGAACAGGCGGCAUCAGCACCUGCUCAGUGUCUGAGGUGAAAAGGGUGGAGCGCAGGACACGGAAGCGAGUCACUAUUGUGGAGGAGACCUGGCGACGGCAGGGGGAGAGGGAGCAGGGCCAGUGGCAGACUAGUAAGGUGGAGAAGCAAGAGGAGGGGGUGGUGGUCAUGAACUUGGUUGGAGUGGUAGAGGAAGGGACACUCAGGCAGGAAGUCAACGUUGAGGAAAGAUAUGAGGAAGAGAAGUCGAUGGAUCGUAGUAUGCCUCAAGCCCAGAGGGCCGAUGAAGAUGAUUGGUUUGUGCUCCUGGACCGCCCUCCAUACCUUGCAGUUCCAGUUCUUCCAGCAUCAUUUGAGCAGGGUGCUCAGAGACAUCCUGCGGUCAGCCCCUCUGCUGGGACUGACGUGACGACCGCUGAGCAGACAGAGGAGAGAAGGGAGGUUGUAGCUGAAGAGAUACAGCUUGAGCUGGAAGGGGAGAGCCUACCUCCGGAGAUACAGGAGAAACCAGCCUCGACGCUACCUCAGAGAGUCGACGACUGGUUUAUCCUGCUUGGUGUUGAUCCCAGAGUAUCAUCUGUAAUGCCAUCAGAAGUUGUACCGCAACAGAGAGAAAUACCGCAAGAGCAGGCCAGGGUAGAAAUGAUCCAUCCACCACCAGUGAAGGAGAUGGAAGAUGACUGGUUUGUGCUAUUGGAUGUGAUUCCAAGAGAACCAUCAUAUGUACCUCCAGUUGCUUCGGUGGAGCGUGUCACAAAAGACACUAUCUCAACGCGAACUGAGGUGAACAUCAUUGAGAGACGAGAGGAGAGAAGAGAAGUUGUCACUGAAGUUGUUCCUCCAGUCUCCCCCCCUGCGCCACUCCAGCCCCAGGGCAGUGAGCAGCAGGGGGCCAGAGAGGCGAGGCAGGAGCAGGAGGAGGAGCCUCGGUCCAGGGAGGAGGUUAUGGAGAGGCUGCGGGAGGGAGUGGUGCUGGUGGAUAAGCUGAGGGAGGUGGAGGAGGUGGAGGAGAGGCUGAGGGAGGUGCUGGAGCUGGAAGCUCGGCUUCAGGAGGUCGACCAGUUAGAGGGGAGGAUCCAGGAAGUGUUGGAGGUGGAAUUGAGGGCAAAGGAGGCGGAAGAGGAGAAGGAAGGCGUGGCGUCGGAGGAAGAGGGAAAGGCUGAGGUGGUCGGGGAGGAGGACCAGGAGGAAGAAGGGAGGGUAGAGAUCAGGGAGCAGGAAGAAGUGGUAGAACCAAUGGAUAUCGGGGAGGAGGGGGAGAAAGAGGGAGAAGUUCUCAAAGAGCCGGAAGACACCAGGCAGCAGAGAGAGGAUCAGUCAGACAAAGAGGUGGAAAAGAUGGACUUGGGGGAGGAUGAGGAGGAGGUGGAGUCCUUAAAGGAGAUGGUUAAGACUGAGGACGAGCUGGAGGAGCAGAUAAAGGAGGUGUUCCUGAAGGGCUUGCUGCCAGACGGAGCACAGGACGAGGAACGUCAGAUGCUGCAGGGCGAGGGAACAGGCGGCAUCAGCACCUGCUCAGUGUCUGAGGUGAAAAGGGUGGAGCGCAGGACACGGAAGCGAGUCACUAUUGUGGAGGAGAGCUGGCGACGGCAGGGGGAGAUAGAGGAGGGCCAGUGGCAGACUAGUAAGGUGGAGAAGCAAGAGGAGGGGGUGGUGGUCACAAACUGGGUUGGAGUGGUAGAGGAAGGGACACUCGGGCAGGAAGUCAACGUUGAGGAAAGAUAUGAGGAAGAGAAGUCGAUGGAUCGUAGUAUGCCUCAAGCCCAGAGGGCCGAUGAAGAUGAUUGGUUUGUGCUCCUGGACCGCCCUCCAUACCUUGCAGUUCCAAUUCCUCCAGCAUCAUUUGAGCAGGGUGCUCAGAGACAUCCUGCGGUCAGCCCCUCUGCUGGGACUGACGUGACGACCGCUGAGCAGACAGAGGAGAGAAGGGAGGUUGUAGCUGAAGAGAUACAGCUUGAGCUGGAAGAGAUGCAGGAGAAACCAGCCCAGACGCUGCCUCAGAGAGUCGACGACUGGUUUAUCCUGCUUGGUGUUGUUCCCAGAUCUGUAAUGCCAUCAGUGUCUGUGGAUCAGCGUGUUCGGGUCUCUCCAAAAAAAACCGUCUCUAUGAUGGAGGAGUUAGAGGCGGAGACAAGAGAGGUGACCGUUGAGGUGAUUGAGCUACAAAAGCCGGCAGAGAGGCGUCCGUCUGAAAUCGCACCGCCGCUGCCUCUGAGAGCGAUGGAAGACGAUUGGUUUGUGUUACUGGAUGUUGUUAGCCGAGAGCUAACACACGUAGCCCCAGCUGCACUGGUGGAGCCUGUCGCAGAAGACACUAUCUCAACACUAACUGAGGUGAACGUCAUUGAGAGACGAGAGGAGAGAAGAGAAGUUGUCACUGAAGAGAGAGAAAUACCGCAAGAGCAGGCCAGGCCAGAAAUGAUCCAUCCACAACCAGUGAGGGAGAUGGAAGAUGACUGGUUUGUGCCAUUGGAUGUGAUUCCAAGAGAACCAUCAUAUGUACCUCCAGUUGCUUCGGUGGAGCGUGUCACAGAAGACGCCAUCUCUAGGGUGGUUGAAGAGAGGAGAGAAGUUGUGGUUAAAGAGAUCAAGUUACAAGAAGAAGAGGACACACUUGUUCUAGAAACGACCCGGUCCCAGCCAGUGGUAGAGAGAGAUGACGACUGGUUUGAAUUGGUGGAUGUUGUUCCUGAGGAACCGGUUUAUGUACCUCCAGUCGUUCCUGAGGAACGCGUUCAGGUCUCUCGAGUUGUGACUGAGACCGUCUCCGUGGUGGAGACGGUCACCAUAGAGAAGACAAUACUGAAGAAGGCGCAAAUUGUAGACGAGAGCUUCCAAACUGAGUCUCCACCAGUCCAGAGGUCUCCCCCAACUGAGAGGAGGGAAGGAGACGACUGGUUUGUUCUGUUUGAGGCUUUCCGUGACGAAGCAUCUGUGUCCCCACCAGUUGGUCUGGAUGAGCGUGUGGUCGUGUCAACCAUAGAACCAGAACCAAGAGUAGCCACGGUAGAAGUGGAGAGUUUGCCUCAAGAGACUGUGGCCCCUCCUCUGGCCCGGCCCCAGGAGACUGGACCACCGCAGCCUCUGAGAGAGCUGGAGGAUGACUGGUUUGUGCUACUGGAUGUUGCACCUAAAGUAUCAGCCGUUGCACCAGCUGUGGUUCCAGCUGUAGUGAGUGUCCAGCAUGAGAUGGGGCCAGUAGACGUACAGCCAAUCAGGAGAGUGCAGAUAGUGGAAGAGACCAUUCAGCUGGAGCAGAGGGUUGUAUCCCAACCAACACCUAGAGAAGUGGAUGAUGAUUGGUUUAUCCUGUUGGACCGUGUUCCCGUGGAGACGAUGACCUUUGUCCCAGCAGCACGAGAGGUUGUGGAGGAGAGAACGUUGGUGAUUGAGGAGACUGGGUGGAAGGAGGAGAAGGUGCUGGUGGGCGUGGAAAGCUAUCAGCCUGAGGUCGUGGCGGUGCAGAGAACACCACCUGUAGAAAGAGAGGAGGGAGAUGAUUGGUUUGUGCUCCUCAACGCUAUCCGCGAGGAACCUCCUAGGAUUCCUGAAGUGAGUGAAGUCAGACCUGGCUAUACUGCCGGAGUUCGAACCCUAGAGCAGCGAGUGCGGGAGACUGUCACCACAGUAGAGGAGAUACCGCAGGAGAUACCCACACAGAGGGUACCUCAGCCCCAGAGGGAUGUGGAAGACGAUUGGUUUAUCUUGCUGGAAGUUGCCCUCGAAGAAUCAGCUGUACAAAAGCGCUUGCAGAUUUCCCCAGACAUUCCACCUAUGGUCAAAGCUCCAACCAUAGAGCCCAGACUUACAGCGCCUGAUGAGAAGAGACCAAUGUUAGAGAAGAGAAUUCUGGAAGAAAGGCAGCCACAAGCACAGAGAGAGGUGGUGGAUGACUGGUUUGUUUUGCUGGAUGUUGACUCAGUGGUGAGCACCCAGCGAGGCGCCCGCCCCGUCAGCGCCCCGGUCUUCUCCCAGGCCGCCCUAAUGGAGGCCGGCAUCCCCAUGACCCCCCUGGAGCAGCCCCAGACCUCCACCCCCAUCAGCAGGCCCGGACGCCCGGAGGACAGGAAGCUGGAGGUCACCGUAGAGGCCGUGGAGCCUUCCAGACCAGACGGCGAGGUCAAGAAAAGAGCUAGGAGAAUUGAGGGUGACUCAAUUUAUAUCAGACAUAGCCUUUUAAUGUUGGAGGAGUUUGAGAAGCCCCAGGAGGACCUGCUGAGGCACCACGCCAGCAUCAGCGAGCUGAAGAGGAACUUCAUGCAGUCUGUCCCCGAGCAGCGCCCCAGCGAGUGGGACAAGCGCCUGUCCACCCACUCCCCCUUCCGGAGCGCGGGCGUCAACGGCCAGUCCCUGGCCGGCGCAGACGGGAGUGUAUGCUUUACCCCUGUAAGGGAUGAGUCCCCCACUAGGGCAGUGCAGGAGGCCGGCCUCAGUGUGGGGGGGGCUCUUCUCCCCGACCCCAACAUGACCCCAAACGCCGGUGGGCCCUAUGGGGCUCAGUCCCACAAUGCACCUGAAGGGGCGGAGUCAGGGGACGAGGAUGAGGGUGUGGUUUCUGGGAACAACCUCGUGCCCAUCGUUGAGGUGGAACUGGCCCGGCUCCACAACCCCCACAACCCCUAUCAGCCCUCCUGCCCAGCCGUGGAGGAGGAGGUGGAGGAGGUGGAGGUGGUGGAGGAGGAGGAUACAGACCCCAGCCUGGAGCAGUCUGUCAGGAUAGCCGGGGCCUCCCAUGCCUCCUAUUUCGUGGGCGGUGGUCCCCAAGUCAUUCGCUGUUUCAAGCCCCCCCUGGUGCAGACGCACACAGUCACCAUCUCAGACUCCUCCAACUCCCUCCCCGCUGGCACCACCACCAGGGUCGUCCCCAUUGUCCAGACCCAGAGCAAGACUAUCACCUAUGAGUCUGCACAGGUGGAGACGGAUGGGAUCGACGGGAACAAAGAUGGAGUGUCCCUGGCCAGCAUGCAGACCAUCACCUCAGACACCACCAGUGGGACCACGGUCACCACCACGACCACCCACAUCUCCAAGGUGGUGAAGGGCGGCUCUUCAGAGACCCGCGUGGAGAAGAGAAUCGUCAUCACGGCAGACUCUGAGACAGUGGAGCAAGAGCAGGGCAGUGACGGGGGAGCGGACUCCAUGUGAUCUGACUCCCUGCCACCUGGCUUUGCUUUCAACUGCCCCCCCACCCCCCUUACCUCCAGCUUCUGUGAGAAGAGCCCCCCCACCCCCCACCCACCCACACUGGAGAAGUUAAAGCCAAUCAGAGAGCUGCAGGACAACCUGAAGAAGAACAUCUCAGAUCAAGGAGCCGAUUAACCAGGCCAGGAAACAAGCCAACUCCGUAAGACAGUCCUUAUCAUCCUCCUCUCUCUCACUCUAUCAACAUCACCCUCAUCCCCCCACCUGCUAAGGCUUCAAAGUAAACAAGCCCUAUGGAUCUGAUACAAACCAAGCCGGCCACCUUGAGAGGGAGAAGAAAACUCGUCAUUGUCACCCAGAAACGGCCGGCGCCAUACUGUCUCUGCUCUGCUCCGGAAUCCUGUCUAUCCUGCCGAGGCAGUUUGAGACAGGCAAGAGCUUGAGCCCUUACAGGCGAAGACUUCCACACUUGUGUGGAGCGUCGUGAUUGUCGUCGAACCCUUUGUUUCCACGGUGCUGUCCUGUCUAUUCUGAAGGUUUUUUUUCUGAACUCACGCGUGGCUUCUUGUAUACUCUGACCACUUGUCUCAGCUUCUUGUAUACUCUGACCACUCGUAUCAGCUUUUUGUAUACUCUGACCACUCGUCUCAGCUUCUUGUAUACUCUGACCACUCGUCUCAGCUUCUUGUAUACUCUGACCACUCGUCUCAGCUUCUUGUAUACUCUGACAACUCGUCUCAUAUCUUCAGUCGGGUGUAUAAAACACCAUUUUAACUUUUUUUAUUUUGUAGAUGGAAAAAAGUUUUCAGUUUAAAGAUGAUUCUGUCCCUUUUUGGUUUAAAAAUGCUUAUCAACACCAUCUUGUCCAUUGGUUUUCGCGUCUUUUGUCAGUACUUCUAGACAUUUUACUGGCUGGUUUUAUAUUAAAAGCAAUCUUUGGGGGGAGCUUAUAAGUAAUGAUAGUACUUGAAUUGAAAUAACCGUAUUUCAAUACACAGGGUUGUUUAUAAGGGAACUCCUUCCUUGUUUACAUGUUUACUAUGAUUAAUGAGCAGUUAGGACUUUUAUUCAAAUGAUAUACCUCACCAUGAAGUAUUGAACUGAGGUGUUUCAUGCUUAAAUCUGGACUGCUGUUUGGCUUAGUUCUCUGCUCAGGUAAAAUACUAAUAAAAUAUUUUGUCUCUUCCACAACCAGCCAAGUAAACAGAUGUACUGUACUAAUAGUACACCUUUUUUGUAAACUUUCGAUUGAAAUCUAUUUUAAAAUGCUACUCUAUUUUAUAGGAUUAAUGCUUUUAUAGUAUUUGUACAAAAUGAGGUUUUUAAGUUAUUGAAAUCCAUCCACUCUAUUAUAGGUUAACAUAUCAUCUUUUCUUGGUUUUGUACACCUUAAAAAUGGCGUGGCCCAUUUUCCAUGACAUGCCCUUAUUGUUCCUUCACUUCUUUUCUUUUAAUGCAUUGUUGAGUACAAAAGACAGCUCCCUGUUAGUCCGCUGUCGGUAGAAUUGACUCCCCUUUUUGUUCUUUUUGCGUUCAAAUCGUGAUUGAUUUGCAAAGUUGUUGUAGAACAAGCUUUGGUAUUUGUAUCUCAG